GUUAAUAACAUUAGGCUGCUUUUGUUAUUAAUAGGGAGUGAAUGGUCUAUUUGUAUCUCACACACAAGAAUAAACGCAUUAUCUGAUAACUAGAGAAAAAAAAAAACAUUGCAGUCCAACUGCAGUAAGUAAGGAGGAAAGAAUGUGAUAGGGGUGGGAUGAUGACAAGCAUGCAGCUCCAGGAACAAUCACAGUAAGUAACUUUGGCAGAGCCUCCCUCUGACUGAACAAACAUCUCUUUCUGUCUUAACACAAUCUCUGACCUAACAAUCUGCUUUCAAUGAGUAAGUUCCUGAUGGUCACCGAUAAUAUUUUGCAAACAGAGCCACAAAGGUUUCCUUGUAAAAUCAAGAGACCCUGUUAAAGAAGUUCAGACGUGCACAAAGAUGUCAAGUGCGACGUCCUUCAGUGUGUGGGACUAUGUGGUCUUCAGCUUAAUGCUGGUGAUCUCAGCAGGCAUCGGGGUUUACUACGCCUUCGCUGGAAGAGGUCAGAGCAGCUCCGCAGACUUUCUGGUGGGUGGACGGAGUAUGACAGCGGUGCCGGUGGCUCUGUCCCUGACAGCCAGCUUCAUGUCAGCCAUCACCGUUCUGGGGACUCCGGUGGAGGUGUAUCAGCACGGAGCCAUUUUCAUCCUCAUCUGCUUUUCUUAUGUUCUGAUGGUGGCUGUGAGCUCUGAGAUUUUCCUGCCGAUCUUCUACAGACUGGGAAUAACCAGCACCUAUGAGUAUCUGGAGAUGCGUUACAAUAAAGUAAUUAGACUAUUUGGGACAGUCCUGUUUAUCAUACAGACAGUCCUAUACACAGGUCUGGUUAUUUACGCCCCGGCUUUGGCUUUAAACCAAGUCACAGGUAUAGAUCUCUGGGGUGCCGUCAUUUCGACCGGAGUCGUCUGCACUCUCUACUGUACAUUAGGCGGUCUGAAGGCAGUGGUGUGGACGGAUGUAUUCCAGGUGGGCAUCAUGUUGGCUGGGCUCUUGGCUGUCAUCGUCCAAUCGGUGCUGCUGCAGGGCGGGAUCUCCACUAUCAUCAGUGACUCCACCCAGGGAGGCCGGCUCAACCUAUGGGACUUUGAUCCGAACCCCCUGAGGAGACACACAUUCUGGAGCAUCACAGUGGGAGGGACGUUCCUCUGGACCAGUGUCUAUGGUAUCAAUCAAGCUCAGGUGCAAAGAUACAUAUCAUGCAAGUCCCUGUUCCAUGCUAAAAUGUGAGCAUUGCACAAAUCAUAAAACCCAAAUUCACGCUAAAAGGAAUGCAAUAUGUAUCUGAACUACUUUUGUCUGUGUUUUUGUCUCUAUCCAGGGCUUUAUACAUAAACUUAGUGUCUCUCUGGGCUAUAUCAAUAUGCUCAGUGUUUUGUGGCUUGUGUUUAUACUCCGUUUAUAAGAAUUGUGAUCCAUGGACAGCAAGAAAGGUGUCUGCUCUGGACCAGGUACAAACCACGACAAUGCAUCUCAAAUGCAAAAAUUGUGCAUGUUACUAAAACUCCUAAUAACCUUUAUAUAUUUCUAUAAAAAAAUACUAUAUAUUAUAUAUUAAAUAACAUUAUCAAUCUGGAAUAUGCUACAUUAAUGUCUCUCUCUAUAAUAU